AUGUCUUUGGACGGACAGCUUCGUCAGCUGAUCAUAUCAGACCCUCAAAAGAAGGCACCACCAGCUGUAGCACCCAAACCAAAAGUACAAAACUCAUCACCCAAGCCAUUCAGACCAGGAGGCAGUACCUACAGACAGUUCAGGAGAACUGAAGACGUUCUACCUCCUCCACCUCAGACAGCAUAUGUAGAGGAACAAAACUUCCCACCACUACCCCCUGACACCGGGAGGGGUUAUGGUUACCAGGAAGAACAACCAAUUUACGCUAAACCAAAUAUACGAGGAUCAUCAUCAGAUAUGUACAAUAGACCUUCUAGCAAUUCUCCAUCUUACAUGACUGGUUCCCCUGAUCAAUACCAGUACCAGCGUCAGAAUGAGCCUUCACCACCUGUACAUGGAGGUUCUCCCAAUCAGUUCUACGGCAGACAAAAUAGUGGAGAAAGAUCACCCAUUAUUUACAGCAUAACAGUGGUGGGGAAAGAACACGUCAGCUUAGUGGAUGAAAGUACCAGACCUGUUCCUGGGCCACAGGUACCAGAUUCAGCUAUCAGUAUGCAGGGAACCAGUAAGAACAAAGAAGCAGAGGUUGAUGCCCUGACAAGCCUCUUAAUGGAAAAUAUGUCAUUAUCAGCAGAUCCUGAAUUUAUGGGUUUGUACACAGAAACUUAA